AUGUUCUUCCUCAUUAUCGCUAUUGCAAUCAUCUUUGUUGUACUUAUUUUGCUACUACCCUCCGUGUCGGGUUUAACUAAGGUGAGCGUUCAAACACAUCCUCAUCAUAAAAAGGAUUCCAAACCCACCAACAAGAAACAAAAUGAGGCUCCGGAUAAUUAUCAAUACGGAUAUGUGCCACCAGACGAGCUCACGCUCUCUUCAAAUGAUAUAGAUAAUGAGGGCUUUUUAAAGACUGAGGCUCGUGUGUUGAAGGAGAAACUUCAAGUUCAUUCAGAUGAUAUGCCAAUCAAGAUAAAAUUAAAGAACUUUGCUGGUGAUGAAACUGGAUUAAGGAGAAGGAAAGCUGAAAAAUUGGAUUUGAAUACCGAUCCUAAUAGCUAUGAUUAUGACCUUGACGAACUUAUAGCUGAAGAAACUGAGUCAGCAAGACAAAAUGCUCAAAAGGAGUUUUACAAAGAUCAAAAAAUUGGUGGAGAGAAGGAGGAAAUGGUUUGA